GGAAGCAAAAAUCACCAUUAUGUUUUGAUGUCCUAUGUAUGUGGUGACUCGGUGAAUUUAGUAAAUGAAAAAAGUGAUGUGGAAGUGGUGGACAUUUUUGUGGAUACUCUCCGCGAUAUGUUUCCUCAAGAGAAUAUCCCGGAUCCAGAAGGUUAUGUUGUAACGCAUUGGGGCCGGGAUCGUCACAUCGGUAUGUCAUAUACUUAUGUUCGAGUGGGUGGUAGUGGCGAUGAUUAUGAUAGGUUGGCAGAAGAUGUCGAUGAAAAACUAUUCUUUGCCGGAGAAGGAACGAAUCGUUUCUUCCCGCAAACGAUGACUGGUGCUUGUGUAAGUGGUCUACGUGAAGCAGGGAAAAUUGCAAAUAGCUGGCUAAAGCGAACGUCAAACUAGUUUUUGAAGAUUAGUAGGAAAUGCGCCUACAGAAAGAAUUUAAAGCUGAGGAUGGAUGAAGGGUUUGGAGGUUUAAUGAUG